GCUUCGAAAAUGUAUUAUAGAUUUGGAAAAUAUUCGUCCUAAAUUGUAACUGUCGGAGACAAUUCUCGAGUACUGAGGAGAAACAACGGAAAGCCAGAGAUGGACGCAGUUUGCCAUUUUUUUCGCACCAAUUAUAUAUUGGCCAACUGUGAGGAUGUGAUAUGCAAGAAAGCGUUUUCCUUAAAUCUAUCGCAUUACCAAAUGGCCGAGCUACCAGAUAUUAUCGAGCAUUGUGAAACGCUGAUGAAGCUAUUUCUAAAUCAGAAUAAACUAACUAAGGUGCCAUCCAGUCUAGGCAACUUGAUGCGCUUGCAGGUCUUGGCGCUGGACUACAACAAGCUGGAUGAAUUUCCCGCGUGCAUCUGUCAAUUGGUCAGAUUGAAAUUCCUGAAUGUCAGCUGCAACAAUAUAAGUCGCUUGCCGCCGGAACUGGGACAUCUCACUGCUCUGGAAACAUUCUGGUGCAAUAAUACGGGAUUGCGCAGGCUGCCAACGGAAGUCUCCAAUUGCGAGCGCCUGCAAACGCUGGGUGUACGUGGCAAUCGUUUGCGCAAGCUUCCCGAUGCACUGGGCAAGCUGGCAGAACUGCGCUGGUUUACGGCGGAGAGCAAUGAGCUUGGCGAGCUACCAGAAACAUUUGGAUUACUGCAAAAUUUAAUACAUCUAAAUCUGAAGGGCAAUCGUCUGAAUCGUCUGCCAUGCAUGCUAAUUACCAUGCCCAAUUUGAAAUUCGUUUUCCUCAAUGAAAAUCGUAUUGAACUAAUUCCCGAUCGCGCUGAGCUGGAGCAACUGCGUUUUCUGCGUAUGCUCAAUUUAUCAAAGAAUCCAAUUAGCACGCUACCUGCGCUGCAGGAACUGGCGCAGAACCAGGCAAACAUCUAUGUGGAGUCGGUGAUUGAGCUGCUGCCCGAAGCUGGAGUCACGGCGAACGGGUUAAGUGCCAAUGCCAAUGUAGAAGAAGAACCAAAUGCGCAGCAGGAGCAGGAGUCCUCAUCGGAUUGGGCUAAUAGUGCACGCACCAGCCAAUUGGAUAGUUCGGAUGAGAGCAACUUGGAGAAUACCAUUGAGGAUUUGAGCGUUAUGCUGCCUGAAAUGUCUCGUUUUGUGACAACAUUUUAAGAUAUUUCAAAUAGAAUUGUUGCGUACUA